GGUGGUGGCGGCGGGCGCGGGACCCGAGGAAUGAACAGGGGACUGGGCGCCCGCGGCCGCGACCCCACUUCGCCCCCGCCAGUCCGGGCCGCGCCCCCCGCAGCCACCGCACCGCAGUCCCCGCCGCCGCCUGGCGCUCCGUGCCCGCCCCCCGAGGCCGGCGGCUACUCCCAUCUGCUGCUGCUGCUGCUGUUGCAGUGAGCGCCGCCCGGCGCCCGCCAUUGUCCCGGCGCUCCGCCAGCUGCGCCCAGCCGCGGACCUGGUGGCGGGGUGGCGGGGACGCAUAGGUGUCCGCCGCUGAUGCCGCCGCCGCCGCGCCGCCCUCCGAGGCUGCGUUCCAGGAAGCGCGGCCCUCCGAGCUCCCCAGCCCGGCCCGGCCCCCGGGACUGGAGCGCGCCCCGAUGGAGGCGCCCGGGCUGGCCAAGGCGGCCGCGGCGGACCCCGAGUCCCAGGGGGCCGUGGAGGACGCCCCCGACGGGGCUUCCGCGCUCUGCCCCAGCCCCGAGGCGCCCUCUCCGGAGCCGCCCGCCUACCGCCUGCAGGAUUUCCACACGCUGGCCACCGUGGGCACAGGGACGUUCGGGCGGGUGCACCUGGUGAAGGAGAAGACCACAGAGCAGUUCUUCGCACUGAAGGUGAUGAGCAUCCCCGAUGUUAUCCGCUUGAAACAGGAGCAGCACGUCCAUAACGAGAAGUCGGUCCUGAAGGAAGUCAGCCACCCAUUCCUGGUCAGGCUGUUUUGGACCUGUCAUGACGAGCAGUUCCUUUAUAUGCUGAUGGAGUUUGUGCCAGGCGGCGAACUGUUCAGCUACCUGAGGAACAGGGGCCGUUUUGCCGCAGCCACCGGGCUCUUCUACUCAGCGGAGAUCAUCUGUGCCAUCGAGUACCUGCACUCCAAGGAGAUUGUCUACAGGGACUUGAAGCCGGAAAACAUACUGCUGGAUAGGGACGGUCACAUCAAGCUCACAGACUUUGGGUUCGCCAAGAAACUGGUGGACAGGACGUGGACCCUCUGCGGAACCCCCGAGUACCUGGCACCCGAGGUCAUCCAGAGUAAGGGCCACGGACGGGCGGUGGACUGGUGGGCCCUUGGCAUCCUGAUAUUUGAGAUGCUCUCGGGCUUCCCUCCAUUUUUUGAUGACAACCCAUUCGGCAUCUAUCAGAAAAUCCUUGCAGGCAAAAUCGAUUUCCCCAGGCAUCUGGAUUUCAGCGCCAAAGACCUCAUUAAGAAACUGCUGGUUGUGGACAGGACAAAGCGUCUGGGAAACAUGAAGAACGGCGCUAAUGAUGUGAAGCGACACCGUUGGUUCCGCUGCGUGGACUGGGAUGCCGUCCCACAGAGAAAACUCAAGCCUCCCAUCGUGCCCAAGAUAUCCAGUGAUGGCGACACAUCCAACUUCGAAACUUACCCCGAGAAUGAGUGGGACGCUGCCCCUCCUGUGCCAGAGAAAGACUUAGAGAUCUUCAAGAAUUUCUGAGGAAAGGAACUCUCCCUGGAAGAAUCAGGAAGAUGAGAGUCAGCUCAGGAUGAAGAACUUCACCUGUGCAGACGGGAAGAAAUGUCGCUUGAUGUGAUAAAAACAUUCCCUCGUUCAUAUACACACCCGUCGUCCGUAUGUGUCUAAAAAUCACUGGAGAAGGUGUUUGAAGUUCAUGGACCUGGCAUUAUUUUAGCAACUGGAAAAUCUAUUGCACUGCUGGACGUUCUACUGUUUGCUUGUAGAUUUUUAUCUUCUCUUUUAGUGUGCGUUUUCCUACUGCAAUUUCUCAGUUUUUUUUUUUUCCAUAGACUGAACUUUUUAAGUUUGGGCUAGACUUGUGUGGUUAUAAUCACAAAACCUGUGUGUGAGCAUGAGAUUGUGUGUGUGUCCAUCAAGAAGCAAAUAUCACAGAGGCACAGAAAUUGUGCAGUGAUGUAAAUGUUCCUCCUUUGCAGAGUCUGUGUUUUUUUUAAUGUUUCAAUUUUUUUUUUUCCUCCAAAAAUCUGUUCUAUGGGGGACAAAAUCUAAAAGGUGUGUUGUAUGCAUUUUUUUUGUUGUUUUGUUUUUAUCAUCUCCUACGCAUGUUACAGUUGGGAGGAAGAAGAUGUCGUUUGGAGAUCUCCAUGUAAUAUCUUUAAUGUUUCCUACCUGGUAACUUGAGACCUUGAAAGAAGAGAGAAAGGGAAGAAGUGAUGGGAGCGAUUUUAUUCCGUGAAUUGCCAGGAGAAUUGAAGUUGUUCAAGGAAUGUACUAUACCCAAGAAAUCUUCUGUGUUACAUUCAAAAAUUUCAUUUUGUGCAGGGUAAUGACUAACUGGUUGAAGUCCUGUUGAGCAAAACCAUGUCCUAAAGCUCACCAAUAACUUAUUUAUUUUAUAUUUUAUUUAUUUUUAUUUUUUUGGCAGAGUCUUGCUCUGUCACCCCAGGAAAGUGCAGAGAUAUCAUCAUGGUUCACAGCAACCUCAAAUUUGGGGGCUCCAGAGAUCCUCCUGUCUCAGCUUCCCAAGUAGCUGAGACUACAGGUGCCCACCACCACACUCAGCUAAAUUUUAUAUUUUAUUUUUUUGGAGAGUCAGGGUCUUACUAUAUUGCUUAGGCUGGUCUCUAUCUUCUGGCCUCAAGUAAUCCAAUUGCUUUAGCCUCCUGACUAUCUGGGACUGCAGGCACAUGCCACCACGCCCGAUGAAUUUUUCUAGUUUUCUGUUUUAUCCUACCUUGCUCUGGCUCCCCUUGGAACUCCUGGCCUCAAGUGCAUCCUCCCACCUCGGCCCCCCAGAGUGCUGGGUUUACACAUGUGAGUCAGUGCUCCGAACCAACAAAUAACAUUUCAUAUUGGCCCAGCGCCAAAGGACAACAUUUGUGCAAAGAUUUUCUUCUGCCUUUAGUUUUAGAGAGAGCAUAAAAAAAUGAACAAUCUCUGUGAUGUGAACAUGUAGCAGAGUCAAAACGACCCUCAGUUACUUCUGACCUGUUUCAUUUCUCCUUGGAAAUGUUCUAAAUUUACAUCCAUCCAAUACUCUUCUUGAAAAUCUUCUUGCUUGUGCUGAAUAAUGAGUGGGUGAGAUUUUUUUUCUUGGGAGUUGAUUGGGAGAAUCCCCUGAGGAACAUCCUCCAAAUGUCCCCUCAUCCUUGCCAAGGAGGGUUUGAGUUAAUGAAAGCCUGAUUGUUACUUUGCCAGGAUGCAUUUCUUGCUAAAUGUAGAUCUUUGCUGCAAUGCAUCUUAAACACGGAUUAUUACAGGGUCCUCCCCGGGGGUCUGGAUUGCACAUAACUUUUGCCUUGCCUUUCUGGUUCUAAACAUGUCUGUGAAAAUUGAAAUAGGCUGCACUUUCUCUGUCUACUGUGACUCAGCUCAAACAUGGCCCUGCUGACAUCUGUUGGAUAUCUCCUCACGGCCCCCGACCCUGCAGAAUAGCAACACGUCAAAGGAAAUGCACCUGCCUGCCAGAUUUGGCCAGAGUUCACCCUCAAAAAAGAAGGCAGUGAAUGGCUUUGUGCAUUUGAAGGCAGAGUGAAAACAACUUGCAUCUUUAAAAGGUUUAAAAAAGAGAGGAGCAAAGCACCUGUCUUCCUCCCCUUAUCAUAAGUGACCUUUUCUUCAUGUAGCAUUCAGCUUAGUAGGCGACAGUGGUUAGAAGGAGCAGGUGGUGAGCCGUGCAAGUGUUUCUGCAGAACUGUAUUUUCCCUGCACACGUCUCCACCACCGUGCUGUUUGCAUUAAAAGUUAUUGACCAAAACUGGCUACAAACACAGCAUCUGAUUUCGGAAAUGUUUCAUUGUUUGAAUGUUUGAAGGUAAAAUUGUGUACCAAUAUACACAGCUGCAAAGAAAAAACAUAAGCCUCACACCCUCUGACAAUAAAAAUAAAUUAUUUUUGAGCCUUCUGCUUAAAAGGAAAUAAGUAAAUGAAACACCUUGUUUGAAUAUAAUAAAAAAAUUGUACAUAGACGCGCUAGUCCAUAUGACUACUUUUAGCUUUUGUUUUUAUUAUCCAGGAUUUAAUAUUGAGAUGAAACAUUAACAUCAAGAAAGCUUGUAAUGCAUUGCCUUAAUUUAGAAGACGUGUGUAGGGAAAUCAAACGUGUGAAAGCCUUGAUUCGCUUGUCCUUUGUGGACAAAAUCAUCAGCCUCCAGGCAUGCAAAACAAAUGAAAAAUGAAAUGGAACUCCAAGGAAACAUAAUGGAGUUAAUCCCACUUUCCACCAUCAUGAACAUUGCACUAUCUCAGGUGUCAGAGGCGACAUGUUAACUGUCCAGAAUGCAACCAUAAAUUCAACGGCGUGAUGUUAUAUGUAAAGACUAGUUUAAUCAACAUGAAUCAUUAACCUGGAACCAUCACUGUGAUGUCGCUUAAAAAUACUUAGCCUUGAUGGGUAGCCUGAAAUUUUCAUAGCAGUGGUCAAAAGCAAUGACCAGGUGGGAUGUUGGGGUUGGGGGGAAAUUACAAAAUUUGAAUUUGAAAAAGAAAUUGUAGAUUUAUCUUGUUUUAUGCAACUUUCUGAGUUGGCAAUACUUUCUGAAAUUGGAAAUACUAUAGAAGAAAUAUCUUUAGGAAAUGCCUAUAGCACAAGAAGAAGAGGGGUAUUCCAAAUGGGGAAUGUCUCCAGCCUGCUUCCAUAGGAAUUGAUCGACCCAGAAAGGAAAUAAAAUCACAACUGGUGAUUGUAUAGGAUUUCUAAGCACAGAUUUGCAUUAGUUCAUUGUUAAUUCCUUCAUGAUAUAAAUGUGCAGAAAUUCUGCAGAGCAUAACCAUCUUCAUGGCUGUGAGUGUGUGUGUCUCCUUGAAGGUGGGUGGGUGUGUUUUCACCAAUUGUAACAUCUCCAUCAAGUUUGCUCUUUAUCCCCUGGGCCAUAUGGCCCAUAAGUCAAGAUUUUUUUUUUCUUUUUUUUUUUGGCCGGGGACAGGUUUGAACCUGCCACCUCCAGCAUAUGGGACCGGCGCCCUACUCCUUGAGGCACAGGCGCCACCCAUAAGUCAAGAUUUUUGCUGUUGCUAGUAAGAACCCCCAGCAUGAGAGUGGGAUUGUGCAAUGCACACCUUGAAAGUUCUGGAAGACCACAUGCUUCAUCCAUGUUCAGGGAUCACCUGCAUGUGUCAGUAAAUUUCUACCACUGUGCUCUCUUUCAUUCUGUCCAUCAAUACUUGAAGAGUAAAUCAUAUUAAAUCCCUACGCGUUAAAAAAAAAUCACCAGUCGAGCGUAAACAGUUGAAUGGAUGGAUUGGCAUGCAUUUGACAUCCCUAUGUUUGACCCACGUUACCUCAAGGGUUUGGGACCACUUUAACUGUGAAACUGUGGCUUAAUACUGUUAAAAAAAGACACCCCACAAAGCAAUGUCUGUGGGUUCUUAUCCCCUUACACUGCACAAACGUCACACAGGCAUGUCAAAAUCGUUGCUGACGUGACUGGGUUAGCCCUGUGGGAGAUCACAACUGGUUGGGUUUUAUUAUUCCCAGCCUCUUUUGUGUUGGCAUCGCCUUAGCACAAUCCCCGGAGCCCUAGUUGCUCCAGCUGUAGACAUUUGAACUGUGAUGAUCUUCUUCUCCCCCUGUUGAAUACACCCAGCGUACAUUCUGUAUGCUUUCAACGAGUCUUAGGCACUGUUUUUUUUUCCUUGUGGCUGACAGAGGCCAAGAAGGGCCUCUCUGUAGUCCAAGGUGAGCAGUCAUGUUUCCCUCAACAGAAACAAGAAGAGCAAAGAACAGGUGUCUCGAUGCAUUUGAAUAUCUCCUGCAGCAUGAGUGCCUGUGAGUGUGUCUGUCUCCUGGAAGGUGGAUGGGUGUGUUUUCACCGAUUGUAACAUUUCCAUCGCGUUUGCUUUUUGUCCCCCGGCCUUGACUCCUACCAAACAGACCUUCCUCAACAAAAGGGGGAAGGGCUUUGAAUGGUUUUCUAUAAUGCUGAGAAGUUCCUUUUGAGCCUUGAUUUUUAUCUUCUGCACUGUGCAAGUCUGUUCGUUAAGUAAAAGUUAUUUGUUGUGUGUUUCCUUGUCCUGUGAGAUUGGUUUCCAGCUCUGCACAAUGGGCUUUUAUUUUUUUUUCUUAGUGCCUAGGCGCUUCUGGGGCCCACGGGACUGCAGCGUGCGCGGUGGGGAGUGCCUUGGUGGGUCUUGUCAUCGGGGAAAGCCGGAUGCAGAAGCCUUUUUCUAACCCUGUCCAUUUGUUGCACAAUGGAGAUCACUGUGAUCUGUACAUAUAUAUAUAUCCUAGGAAAAUUUUACUGCUGUCUAAUUUAUGUAAUAAUACUAUUGAUUCCAGGUUUGUUUAAUAAAACUUUGUAUCUUUUAAGAA